AAAAUAAAUAUAUAUGAUUUACUCUUAUCCUCUGUGAGAGGGAAAUGGCGGGAGAUGAUGAUGAGCGGAACUCACACAGAAACGCGUCAAAAUAAGUAGUGAUUGCUAUUUCAUUUUUUACCCAUAACUUGUGAAAGAAAGAGAGAAAGAGAGAAAGAGAGAAAGAGAGAAAGAGAGAGAAAAUGGAGGAAGUGAAGGAAAAUGGUUGGAGAAUAGAGGUAGAGGAGAAGCUCAAGAGACUGCAAUCUCUUCUAUUCGGCGUUGAACGGGCUCUCCAAAACAACGAUUUCUCUUCUGCAUACGUUCUUGCGCUUCGUCUCCUUGGAUUCCUCGACGCACAUUCUCACUCCGACGUCGACGAAGCCUUCCUUCAACCGAUUCGCCGCGAUGCACUCGCCAAACUCAACUCCGCUCGCCGUUCCCUAAACCCUCAAUCAAAUCGCCAAGCUUUUGACCAUGCAAAGAAGUCUCCAGGAUCUGUUUUUGGCACAACAGGAGAUAUUGACUUGGAGAAGAUUCAGAAUUCAAAGUACUUUCGAGCUCUGGUCAAGCAAUCUAAGGAAAAAGUUGAGAAUCAAUUGGUUGAUCAACGGGGAAAGCAGGGGAAAGCAGGAAGCAAAGCCUCAAAGGAAAUGGUGCAAGCGAAGUUAACAUCCAUGUAUGGGAAAGGCAGUUUGAGGACUGGUAAUGGUUCCAGGAAUUUUUUGAACAUGAAAAAUAAUAGCUCUGAGGACUGCAUGAUUGUUGAUAGGCCUCAAUCUCAUGCCAACCAUACAAUGGAUCCUGGUGGUGUCUCUUCUGUCUUGCUAGUUGGAGGAGAAGAAAGAGCUUUCCGAAACACUUUUUUGACAAAACGUGUACACAUGGAAAAUAAUAGCCCCCGAGUUGGUUGUGUAAAGUCGCCUUCAAGCAAGGAGGAAGCUAAUCCUGAUGCUUGUGGUAACGGGUUUGUUACUGCCAGAGCAAAAUUGGAAAUGGAAACAAAGCAAAGGCGAGGAGUAGGUGGUUCACCCAGUGCAUCUGUCUCACCACAAUGCGAUAACAAUCCUGCCAACAGGUUAUACGGUGGGAGAUCAUAUGGUGUUUCACGACGUGGCUUCCGUGGUAAUUUUGUUCCUCCCAUUAAAUCCAAUGGGAACGGUUCUGGAAAUAUGAGUUCACGCGUUGCUGGGAAGUGUGAUGAUUCUUUAGAUGAUUCUACAAAAAGAUGUUUGGAAAUCCUGUGUGGUCCUGAUGGUGAGCUUCCUGAGAAAUUGAGGAAUUUGGAACCUCGCCUCAUUGAACAUGUUAGUAAUGAGAUUAUGGAUAAAGAUCCCAAUGUCCGGUGGGAUGAUAUUGCUGGAUUGGAGCAUGCCAAGAAAUGUGUCACUGAGAUGGUCAUAUGGCCUCUGCUACGUCCUGACAUAUUCAAGGGAUGUCGAUCCCCUGGGAGGGGUCUGCUUCUGUUUGGCCCACCUGGAACUGGUAAAACAAUGAUAGGAAAAGCCAUAGCAGGGGAGGCAAAGGCAACCUUCUUUUACAUAUCUGCAAGUUCGUUGACUAGCAAGUGGAUUGGUGAAGGUGAAAAGCUAGUAAGAGCCCUUUUUGGUGUUGCCAGUUGUCGUCAACCAGCAGUAAUUUUUGUUGAUGAAAUAGAUUCGCUCCUAUCUCAGCGUAAGUCAGAUGGUGAGCACGAAUCAAGUAGACGGCUAAAGACACAGUUUCUCAUUGAAAUGGAAGGCUUUGACAGUGGUAGUGAGCAAAUUCUGCUUAUUGGGGCAACAAAUCGUCCCCAAGAGCUUGAUGAAGCCGCACGAAGGAGACUUACUAAAAGACUUUACAUUCCCCUACCAUCCUCAGAGGCAAGAGUUUGGAUUGUACGUAACCUUUUAGAAAAAGAUGGAUUAUUCAAGCUGUCAAAUGAGGAAAUGGAUACUAUAUGCAACCUAACGGAAGGUUAUUCAGGAUCAGACAUGAAAAAUUUAGUGAAGGAUGCUUCUAUGGGACCCCUAAGAGAGGCUUUAAGGCAAGGCAUUGAAAUUACAAAGUUGAAAAAAGAGGAUAUGCGGCCAGUAACUCUUCAGGACUUUGAGAAUGCCCUGCAAGAAGUGCGGCCUUCUGUUUCCCCAAAUGAACUUGGCACUUACGAUCAAUGGAACAAGCAAUUUGGAAGCCUAUCACUGUAGUGGCAUGCGUUAACAAUAAGGAGACAACAUAUCAACAGUUAAUGACAGAGAUCUUUAUCUUAAUACCUGCAGUAUGUUAAUCUUUAUGUUUAAAUCAGCUCAGAUUGCGCGCCUUGCACAAUCCCUUACAUAUAAAUCAUCAAUUGACGCGACCAAGUGGAAUGCCCUGAACAGUUUUAAAAACUUAGGUCUCCAGCAAAAAACCAUGUUUUGCAGGCGGCAUUUUCUUUAUGAUGUUGAUUACGAACAUGUUCAAUGGUCGGGAUUUAGCUAAAAAAACACAUGCAAAACUUUACUGUAUUGUUUGUCUGAUCAUUUGUUGCUUGGUUUGAUUCAGAAACAGAAACAUACCAUACACCAAUAGUCUAUUGUUCCAUGACAUGCUUUGAUUUCUU